AUGGAAAUCCGCCUCGUAGAAAACCUAACUGUGUCAACCUCAAGUUUCAACCUUUUGUGCUUUCCAAACCUACAGUUUCUUAAUUCCUCCAAAACUAGCCUCCGAAUCCAAAACUUCAACCCUACUUGUGAAACGGAUGUCGUUAAGCAUGCCAAAGCAGUUCGCACUGAAUUGGGUAACAUUCUAGACACAUAUGACAAUGCACCGACUCGUUUAAAUGAAGGAAUGUUCACUUUGGGUCCGAGAUUUUUCACUAUGAUCCCACCAACCAUGAAGAAACUCAUGGAGCAAGACUGCGCUGUUCUAUGUUCCUACAACUGUCAAACAUGCCUAAAUUUUUAUUCUUGGUACACUAAGAAUCUGAAUAGAGCGUUUCCUACUUCCGAAGUGAAAAAGAGUCCAACUUCUUGGUCUUCAUCAUGGGUCGAAGAUGCGCAUGGUCAAUAUGCAGCUAUUUGGGAAAAGCCUGGCAUCUAUGAUGCCAUCAUGCUUCCCUUGUCGGAUGCUCCUAGGGAUGAAAGCUUACUUGCAGCAGCUUUGUGCUUUUGGAACAACGCCACAAAUACAUUUGAUUUCGGAGUUGGUCCAAUGACACCGACUCUGUUAGACCACACGAGCGGCCUAUGGAUGCUCAAGCAGAUUACGAAAGGAAGGUAUGAGAAAAGGGUUCCAUAA